AUGAGCAGCUCUCCUCCGGCAGCUUCCGGUGAAAUCAAUCGGGUCAAUUCGACGGCUUCUACGAACCCAGCGAAUGUAAUUAACGCCUCAGUUGUUUCCACGGCGACCGUCUCAGACUUUUUCCCUGUGAGUAAAUCGUUAGAUUCAAAAUUAAGUCAGUCUGGUAUUUUGGAUCACUCGAAUUCGAAGACGAACUCCGGUUUGUCCCCACCAUCUGCGGAAACUGUUGCGACUAAUGGACCCAGCUUUACUUGUUUUUACAGGGACUCCAGCGGUAGCAUUCCUCUCUUCCUCAGGAAAAAAUAA